AACACUCACGUAGCGCUUUUACAUCAGCGAAGUGCGUAAACCUCUUAGGAGGCGGAGAUCAUUUUGUUUUCAUCGCCGAAGAUGAUUGAACGCCUAUGGCCACAGAUUUUCACGCUUGAGAAGAAGUGAUUUCACGUAUCAUAGACUGUACGCCGAUACGAAGUUUAUCGGUGAUAAGAGAAGAGCGAGGGUUCUUAUGAAGGCGGACGACGAGGCAGCCGGACUUUGAGGAUGUGUCCAGCCCAGACACAGCUGUGCCUCGGCACCGACUCUCUCUGGCGACCAGCACAUCCAUGAAAACCACAGCUGAUCUAGAUGGAUGAGCCCGACUGACCAGGACGCUUGAGUUACAGUUUCUCUGAGACUUGACUGUUAAUCUACCCACAAUGUCUGUCUCCACGGUAUUGGCAAAGGCACUGUUUGACAACACGGCAGAGAGCCCAGAGGAGCUGGCUUUCCGGAAAGGUGACAUCCUGAUGGUUCUUGAACAGGAGCAGAGUGGUGGGCCAGGCUGGUGGCUCUGCUCUCUGCAUGGGAGACAGGGCAUCGCCCCUGCCAACCGCCUUCGUCUCCUCCAGACCGCUCCACCCCCGGGCUCAGACCUCCGUCGUGGCCCCAGCGAGGACUCUGUUUACUUGUCGCCUGGUCCCGCACUGGCUCGGUCUGCAGUCAGCAGCAGUGCAGAGGACAUAGAUGGAGUGUAUCGCUCCCCACCGGGUGUGGGUGAGGGACGAGGAGCAGGAGCCACCACAAGGCCUGGGGAGCUCCGCAGAGUUGAGGGUGGGCGCCCACGCUCUCACUCCAGCUCUGGCACCCGGCCCAGACCUGACUGGGAUAUCGGGGUUGCGGGCCGUCCGCGCUCGCCCUCUCUGAGAGGACGAGGCACAGAAAUUUCAGGCACACUUUAUCAGACUCCGAUAAGUCCGAUACCUUCAGGAGCUCAGCAUGCCAGGCAGCCUGGAGCGCUCAUGGCUUCAGAGUCUGUGUACCUCUCCCCCAGUGGAGUGCCAAGGGCGGCUGAUGAGCCAGAUGACACUACAUAUUUAGUCCCUAGAGACACACUAACAACAGGACACUCAGACGACUGUUACUUGGUACCCAAAGGUACACCACUAGCAGGUGAUGAUGUUUACCAGUCCCCAACAGGUGGUGUUGUGGCUGCCGCUGUCUGCUCUAAUGGCCCCUCUACAGUCAGUGGAACACCUGGUACUCCUCAGUCUAAAGUGAGCCAGGACACACCUGCGAUGUACCAAACACCCACCCCUGUGGGAGCGAACCUUCACAGGACUCCAGCUACAGUUUUGGCCCACCAACAUCCAUCUCAGUUAACCCCUGCUCAAGCAUCUCCCAGACCUCUGCUUAAGGGAGUUUCACCCAACCCUGCUGUAGCCAAGGGCAAACCUGGCCUGGCCUGUCACCGGGGAUCCCCUUUGCUGGUCAGAGCAGGGCAGGUCAGGGUUCCCGGCUCACCAAAUUUUGCCCGCAAACCUCCUCCGCCAGCACCUCCGGUCAGGGGAGUCACCAGGAAAGAUACGCAACAAGUAGCACCAACUUCAGCCGACUCUAACUCUGUACCCAAACCCACCGCUCAGAUCACCCCUACAGGUCUGCAGCAAGAGGAGGACAAACAGAAGGAAACUCCUCAGAGUAAAGAUGAAAGGAUGAAAAAUGGGCUGGACAAAAGCAGCACCGUGCACAACAAAAAAGGAGGAAAUCAGGAUUACUCAGAUCCUGUGGAUGACCAGGUGUAUGAUACUCCUCCCAGUGGCAGGUGGCAGCGUCCAGUCCCGUCUGCCCACGGUGAUGAUGAUGGCAUCUAUGACACCCCUCGCAGUGUCCCGCCACAAGCUGACUCUGAGACAGAGGUCUAUGAUGUCCCCACCAUUUCUCUGAAUGCGUCGACAUCAGAUAUUCAGCCUGAUGAAGUUGAUGAUGAAGUCUACAGUGUGCCCACCCUUCCAGGUGUUCCUCUGGGUGAGGAUGUUUCCCAGGUUGGACAAGUCUGUUGCGUCCCUGGAUCUGAGAAACAAGCCAGCGGCGGAGAUCAUAACCGAGACUCCUCUGAGCCCGACUGUGGCAUCUAUGACAUGCCUGCUCUGACUGUUGAAGUCCUCCCUCACUCUUCCUCAUGCUCCUCCACCUCCACCCGUCGCCUCUCUGUUUCUAGCAAUGGUUCAGGUGAUGUGCAGUGGAGAGCUUCGCUUUCCAGCCUCGUCCACUCAGUGCUGAGCGCGGCCUCCUCCUCCUCAGCCUCUGCUCUGUCGUCACGAGACCUGGCCACCUCAUUGGCUGAAAUCCUGUCCACCUGGAAAGCCAGUCAUUCAGGUGAUCCUCCACCACCUCUUCAGCAGGCUUGGGCUCGACUGUCAGACCUGCUGCCGGCGUUAUCCGCUGUCGGCAACGCUCCUCCAUCUGAGGGGCUCUUGUCGCUGGUCCAGCGGUCCCUUGAGGAAAGCGCCCUCCUCUUGCAGGCGCAGGGCCGACCCCGUCUGCCCUCACAAGAAUCCCUGUCCCGGAGGCCGCUGCCUGCUCUUCCAGUCCCUGAUGGGAAGUCAUCUGGAGGUGGGAUGGGCUCCCGUAAGGGCAGCUGGAUCCAGGAGAGGCCCCUGCCCCCAACCCCUCAGCCUGCCUUCCCCCUGCCUCCUGCUCCAUCAACUGUGACUCUAACAGUGGGCCCUGUUGACGGAGAAGAUGAUCCUAGCAAUGAAUACGCUGGGAUUGGCUUGACCCCCAUCCCCGCUCCAGUACCUACUGGAGACAGCGUUGGAUACGUCAAGCUGCAGGGUAAACCUGAGCCACUUCCUGAUGGCCUGGCGGAGAACGGACAAAUGCAGACGAUCACUGCAGAGCCAAGGUUGACCCCAUCCCCUCCUCUGCCGGUGUCCCUCUCCCUGGAGGACUCGGAGCUGCUGUCCUUUUACUCCUCCCAGAGCCUUGCCCACCUCUCCUGCCUGGCGGACGCCAUCGACCUGCUCUUCAGCAGCGUGCAGGGGAACCAGCCGCCCCGCAUCUUCGUUGCCAGAGGGAAGAGCCUCAUCGUGACGGCGCACAAACUGGUGUUUAUCGGGGACACGCUCUCCCGCCUUCUCACUUCUGCCGACCUCCGGGCAAAGGUAUCUAAGAACGGGGGGCGUCUCUGCCAGGCCUUGAAGGCAGUUGUGGUGGCAACAAAGGGCGCUGCACAAAACUACCCCUCAGUAUCUGCUACCCAGGAGAUGGUGGACCGUGUCGCUGAGCUCUCCCAGCAGGCGGCUGGCUUCUCCACUCUGCUCCAGCGCCUGGCAGAAAUAUCUUCAUGAUAUUUCAUAUCACUUGCGUAAAAACUUUGUUUACACUACACUUAUAUUUUCUGUCUUUGAAAUGCCUUAUUUGUUGGUAGACUCUUUCAUUACCUUUUGUUUGAAUGGGACUGAGGCAAGCAAAGUUGAAUCCAGAAACAAGUGUUUAGCCUCGCUGCAGCUGUUAGCAAGCUGGGUUUUGACUAUGCUGGUUCUGUCCUUCAGUUGUGUGUAGGUUUGCCUUUGUUUAUAUACUGACCUCUGUGCUUUGAUGCCAGGCACACCUGUCUUUUUGAGUGUUAACUUAUUGAAUAUAUGAAGCCCCUCUGAGGCUUUGAGUGUCUGUGCAGACUGCUUAUUUUGGGAGCUUUGCUUUAUUUUGUUUGCUGUAUUUUCCUUCCCUCACAUGAUAGCCAUUUUUCCUUCCUUCCUCUAUUUAUUUAGCCAUCCCCCCAUUCCAAAAAUAGCACAGGAGGAGGCCUUACAUCCUGGUUCUGGCCUACUUUUUACUGUGAUACCUGAAAGGCCUUUUGUAAUCAUCAUUCUGAAAUUGUUGAAGCAGCAUAUCAAGUGUUUUGGGCUUAAUAUGGGAGACAUGGAAUAGGGUGUGGAGCAGGAAGUUUGCCCGACUUCAAUCCAUAAUCUGUGCAAGUGUGUGGUGUGUUUGUGUAGUGCCCUUUUCCAUUAGCAAGAGAAGAUUAUCUGCAAUACAGUUUGUAAUCCACUUCGUUGAGGUUUACAAGAAACAUCUGUCAAUACAUGGUGAGUUUACAUUCAUGCAGUGUCACAGAUCUCAUGACAGAGAGAGAUAAUAUCUAAGAAUUGAUGCUGAAACUGAUCGUGAGGAAAGACAGUCGGGUGAGAUAUUGCCUAAUCCUGCUCUUUCCCACAGUCACACUAUAACCUGGCAUUGGAUGAGAAACCUGUUGACCGAGGUUACCUGUCUCCACAUGUCCUGUUACGUUCUGCCUGAUUAUGUUUCUUUGACUUUCUUUGCUUUUAUCUUCAUUUCCCAUAAGAUGCUUCUCAACAGUGCUUACUAAAAUCUGCUUUGAUUGUUUGAACUCAGCAACCUUGCUGUGAGGGAAUACAGUAGAAACUAAGACUGGUUAUUACAUACAUAAUUAAUUAUUAACAGAAAGCAUAGCAGUGGAACACAGUUCACUGUACUGAACAUCUGUUAGAUUAUUUUGCUUCACAUGAAUAGAUCAUUAUAUUGAUGUUAACUACAUGGCCCAGCCCCAGUAUAAACUGUGAAAUGAAGCACAGUUCACUUUCUCAGUUGAAAUGGGAGAAUUUUGCCUUUUAAAUCCAUCAAAACACAUACUGUUUUCCAUCUCCAACCAUUGUAUUACUGUCUGUCUGUCCAUUUUCUUUCAUACCAGUCAUCAGAUGUAAUGAUCUGCGCACAAAGGGCUCAGUAUGAAGCUGUGGUGGAGCAUAUAUUUGACUGGAAGUUGAACAAAUGAUGAUGUAUGUUUGUCACACACUACAAAUCAUAACUGUGUAAACACAUGACCAGUUUCAUCCUGGAGGGUGCUCUACAGAGUUAGAUUACAAAGAGUGUUGGAUCUAUCCUCUGUAUCAUAACUCAUGUUACCUAACCUUAUAUUCCAGUUUUUCAUUUUCAGAUCCAAUUAAGUGUCAUCAGGGCAUUGCGCAAUCAUUCAGUUGUGUGGCUCAGUUUAAAUCAUCCUCUGAGGAGUAGUUUCCUCCUGCUGUUACAUUAUCUCUUCUGCCGCGCCACCUUGUGGAGGUUUGAAGUAUUACUUAAUGAAUACCUCCCUGCAAAACACUAAACUGUACGUAUGAAGAGAGCAUGAUCGCCAAGUAACCUUUAGCUAUAUAUUUAUAAUGGUCAGUUUUUUUAUGUUUUCCAGUUUGCAUGGCUUUAACUUGCUUAAAUUUUAUAUAUGCACAUCCUUUACCGGGGUGAUUUUACAAGGUGAUUUGCAACGAACAAAAAUGUUUUUUUUGGGAAAAAAAACAUAUUAAGUUACAGUUAAAAGAUAUGGCUGUAUUUUCUUUUGUACCAGAAAGUUUUUUUUACACUAUGUGAACUCAUUUGAGUCGGUUAUCUAUAUUUGCUGAGGUCUAGAAUUAAACCUUUGACUUUACAUCUACAAUAAUUAAGAUCUAAACGUCUUUCCUUUACACUACAUUUGAUGUCUGUCUUGUAUUCCUGUCCAGAAUGCACAAAUACAACUUUUCCAAUUAAACAAAGGUGUUUGCA